CCGCCGGGUUGCCUGGGCGGCGGCCGUCGGGCUCUGCGUCCCCACCUCCUCCCGUCCGUAAUCAGUGACGAGGUCCGCUACGUAAACCCUUCGCGGCGGGAUAAAUAAAGAAGAAAACAGGGAAGGAACAAAGCAUUGAUUACACAUGUAAUAAUAAUGAGCAAAUGUGGCAGGAAAAAGUAUAUGAGGACAAAUGUAAGGCAGAUGACCAUGGAAACUGUUGAAUCACAGCAGGAUCGAAGUGUAACACAUUCUGUGGCAGAACAUAGCUCUGUUCAUAUGCAGACUGGCCAAAUUUCUGUUCCUACUCUAGCUCAGGUUUCUGUAGCUGGAUCAGGCACUGGAAGAGGCUCCCCAGCUGUGACUCUAGUACAGUUACCUUCAGGCCAAACUGUACAGGUCCAGGGAGUAAUUCAGACACCACAUCCAUCGGUUAUUCAGUCACCACAAAUACAAACUGUUCAGGUAGCAACAAUUGCAGAGACAGAUGAUUCUGCAGACUCAGAAGUAAUCGAUUCGCAUAAACGUAGAGAAAUUCUUUCACGAAGACCCUCAUAUAGAAAAAUACUGAAUGAACUUUCCUCUGAUGUGCCUGGUAUUCCCAAGAUUGAAGAAGAAAAGUCAGAGGAAGAAGGGACACCACCUAAUAUUGCUACCAUGGCAGUACCAACUAGCAUAUAUCAGACUAGCACGGGGCAAUACAUUGCUAUAGCCCAAGGUGGAACAAUCCAGAUUUCUAACCCAGGAUCUGAUGGUGUUCAGGGACUCCAGGCAUUAACAAUGACAAAUUCAGGAGCUCCUCCGCCAGGUGCUACAAUUGUACAGUAUGCAGCACAAUCAGCCGAUGGCACACAGCAGUUCUUUGUCCCAGGCAGCCAGGUUGUUGUUCAAGAUGAGGAGGCUGACCUUGCCCCAAGUCACAUGGCUGCUGCCACAGGUGACAUGCCAACUUACCAGAUCCGAGCUCCUACUACCGCUUUGCCACAAGGUGUGGUGAUGGCUGCCUCACCAGGAAGUCUGCACAGUCCCCAGCAACUAGCAGAAGAAGCAACUCGCAAGCGGGAGCUGAGGCUGAUGAAAAACAGGGAAGCUGCUAAAGAAUGUCGACGUCGAAAGAAAGAGUAUGUGAAGUGUCUGGAGAGUCGAGUCGCAGUGCUGGAAGUUCAGAACAAGAAGCUUAUAGAGGAGCUUGAAACUUUGAAAGACAUUUGCUCUCCCAAAACAGAUUAGUAGAAAUAUUUAACUAUGAACUGAUUACAGCAUGUACAGUUGCUUUUGAAUGCAAUACAAUAUAUAGCCGGCAAGAAUUAUGGCUUUUUCCUUUGUAUCAUUCAACUAACUUUCUAAAACUAACAUUCCUAAGAUGCUUCGUUGUAUUUAAUUUGCUCUUACCUCUAAGGUCAAUUUUUUAGAAGAGACAAACUGUAAAAAAUGUAUGUAACAAAUUCUUAAAAUGAAAUAUUUGAAAGACUUGUUCCAGUGCAACAUAUUUGCAGUUCCCAGUCUCUCUGUCAUGAAUAGUGUCCUAUGCAAUAAAAAUUUUGCAGGUUUUAAGAAUCAUUUUAGGAAAGGAUGAUCAAAGGCAGUGUAUCUGUCCAGUAGUACGAUAAAAUCAACUCACAGAGAUACCUCAGGAAAGAAUGAAAGGAAGUAUAACCUGAUGACACGGCUACGUGAGAAUAGCCUACAAAUGAAUUUGUGCAUUUAUAGAUUUUUAUAAUUGUCACUUUGUAAAGAAAAUAUUGUAUUGCUGUCCUUGGGUGCCACAGUUGAAGACAGUUUUCAAUAGAACCAUGUUGGUUGCUCUUUGUAUGAUUUGGUGUUUAUUUAAGUAUCUGAACAUUUAUAGCUUCCUACUAUGUAUGUAGUAUGUGUAUUCCUACAGAAGUUUGUGCUACUUUGCUGUUUUCUAAUGAAAGAGACAACAUUUUUGUUAUCUGGA